AUGUCGCCGGCAACCUUGCAGGUAAACUCGUCCACAAAGCUAUCCUCGCCAGGGUUCAAUGCUGGCGCGCGACCUUACCGAUCACACAAGGUGCGUGCUUGCGACUUGUGUCGGAAGCGCAAGUCGCGAUGUACAGUCGAUAUUCCAGGUCAAUCAUGUCUUCUCUGUCGCGUGCAAGGGGCAGACUGUCACUAUCAGGAAGAACAGAACCCGGAUGCCACAACCUUGAAUACCGCCGAGACCAAGCCGUGGUCGGGUGUCCCACCGAUUGAGCCUGUCUUGGGUCAGAAACGCAAGCGAUCACCCGAGAGACUCAGUCCCUCACGCCAAUCUAUCAAUGGACCCAGUCCGCAAGGCACAACGUCUUCUGGGCGCCGUGGCAGUGAUGCGCGGCGGAAAGAGGAAGAUCCACACAACGAGUCGGUUCUCAUUGUCGGUCCCAUGGUUGCCGAGGAUGCGCAAGUCAUUGAGCAGCAUAUGCCUCCAGAAAGAUCGAGCCUGUCUGAAGAACCGAACAGCCACCCAUAUAAUAUCUACUCGAGUGACCCGCGGAAGCCGGUGCUGUAUACGACGAUUUCCAGGCGACGGAAGGGCAUGCGACGGGGCGUUCCGCCCGGGGAAAAUCAGAGAGAAGUCUUGGAGCAGAUCUUAGGGCCAUUCAAACAAGAUCUCGUCAAACUCUUCAUCGAUCGGUUCAAUGUCGCCUUUCCGAUUUUCGAUGGGGAACAAUUCUGGGAGUCAUACACAACGGAUGGACUGGAGGAUCCUCCUGCCUCAUUGAUUUGUCAAGUCUAUUCCAUGUCUCUUGUGUAUUGGAAACACACCCCCAAACUUGCGUGUCAUCCGAAGCCAGAUGUGCGAUACGCAAUCAACAUGACAGUGGCUGCGCUGCAUGAAGAAUUCUCCGCCCCUGGCUUAUCCACCAUCAGUGCUGCUCUGAUCGAUUUGACGGGAAGACCUAUAUUCUCAAUGACAGGCAAUGCGAUUAGUUGCGGACGAAUGCUGUCGUUAGCAAACUGUCUCGGACUGAAUCGCGACCCAAGCCACUGGAAAUUGUCACCGCAGGAGAAGGAUCAGCGCACGCGUCUCUGGUGGGGAGUUGUCAUUCACGAUCGAUGGGGAAGUUUUGGUCACGGUGUUCCGCCACAGAUUUCUAAAACGCAAUACGACGUGCCUUUGCCAAGCGUCGAUAGCUUAGUGCCGCCGCAUCUUCGAACAACCGAGCGCGUGAGAGCUGCGCAUUGCCACAUAUUCCUUUGCAAAUUGACAGAGAUUCUUGGGGAGCUUCUCCCACUUGUGUAUGGUCUUCAAGCGAAGCCAGCGCGCGAAAGCUCCAAGAAGCUCAGACAGAUUCGCACAGAUUUGGAUUCUUGGGAGGACUCUCUCCCGGACUGGUUGAGGUCACCUCAUAAUAAUCACGGGGAAACCCUGGCAGCUUCUAGCAGCUUGCAGCUUGCUUUUCUCGCCGUCAAAAUGCUCGUCAGUCGUGUGGAAUUGAAUGAGGUCAACAACGCAGACACGGACAACCCUGAAGCUCGGCGCUACUUUCAGACGGAGUGUCGUCGGUCUGCGGAGGACAUUGUUCGCUUCAUAACUUCCUUGAGGAAGGAGAAUUUCAAAGAAUUCUGGCUACCUUGUGAGUGUACCGUGCGACUUCCGGCAUCUGUUCAUAUGUACUCAUUCGCAUCUUCGUCUUCAGACAGCGCAUUCCACCUCACAUCUACGGCUACCCUUUUAGUGCGCUGUGCACUGGAAACGAAUGAUUCCGAGGUCGCUCGAUCGUGUCUAUCUAACGUUGAAACUCUGCGCACCGUCCUCCGUCGGGUUCGAGAAGAAGAGGACUGGGAUGUGGCUGACAUGUGUCUCGACCACUGCGAGCGAAUUAUGCACAGGCUUCCUGGAACUGGCGCCACUAUCGAUCAGCCAAUGACUGCAGCAAUGACUGAAAAUGCUCUCGUCAAUCCAGCUGCAAUCUCACUGCCGGAGACACAAACCAACAACGACAUAGUCGACGACAUGAUGUCUAUAUCAAAUACAUUCGGGACGAUGGAUGGUUUCCCGUUCGACAUGACUGGCAUUUGGGAUGUCUCCGUCUUCCAAGAUGUCAAUUUGACAUGA